AUGGCUCCUCCUGUUCCUGUUUAUAGUUUUACAGAGAUUCAAAAUCAAUAUAAAGAACAACUAAACAAUCCAACAAAGUAUAAAUGUCAAUUGAAAUCAAUAACUCAACAUGAAUGUACAUUUAGACCAUCAACAAUUAGAAAUAAUGAUAUUAAUAAUCCACCAGAAAUAAUAUGUUUACCUUUCAAACGUAUAUUUCAAAGAUGUCUUAUUCCAAUAUCUACUAAGAAUGAACAAGGUAAAAAGAUUAAAAGUGAAAAAUGGAUAAAUAUAGAGAUUACAAAUGAUAAAACAAAUCAUGAUCUAGUAGAACCAGAAAGUAAAUAUAGUAAAGAUGUGAUGGAUUUCUUAGAUGCUGAACGAGAGUUUAAAAAGUUUAUGGAGAUUGAAACUGAGAGUCACACUUGA